AUAUAAGUAAUCCUGCUGUGUAAUAAUCUGCCAAAAAUAAAAGAGUCACUGCACCCACUCCCCACCUUGUCCCCUCUCUUCAAUUUCUCUCUAUACCUAAUUGCUGUUUCUCUCUCCAGAAAGGGAAGAAGACAAACCAACGCAUUUCGCUUCUCUUCACUCCGGACAUGCCGGAACUCGCGACCGUACACUGACUCCGGCGGACAUAUAUAUAAAGGGAUCGGAAUCAACUAGAUGAGGUGUAAGAAACAUCAGUCGGACCUGAGCAGCGGCGUCGGCGUUUGCGCGUCUUGUCUCCGGGAGAAGCUCUUCGCCGUGAUACUAGCUCAGGCUCAGGCUCAAGCCGAAGCCCGCAUUCAGCACCGUGGAUUUCAGGAAGAGGGGCGCAAGUCCGACGCCAAUCAGCCGCCGCCGGCUUUGUUGUUUCCCCGCUCUGUUUCGCCCUAUAUUUCUCGCCAUAAAUCUGACAUCUCGAAUUGGAAUCAAAACCGCCAAGCUAGCCACCGCAGCUGGGCUGAUCAGAGAUUCUUCAGCACUCCUCAAGUCGGAGCCCAAGGGAAAGUAAUCGCCGGGGGGGAUUACGGUAAGAAGAAGAAGAAGAAGAGUUACGGGUUCUCUCUGUUUAACAAUCUGUUCGGAUCUAAACCGGGGAAGCCCGAUUCGUACUCGGAUCCCAGGUUCCCCAAUUCGGAUCCGGGGGUCUCGAAUUCGGAACCCCCGCGUGCCAGUACGUCGUCGUCGUCUUGGUUUUCGGCAAUUUUCUCGGGUCGUCGGAAGAAGCAAAAUCAGGCGUUUUCGGUAAAUGAGGACGCCUCCGUCGGGCGGCGGCGGGUGAACUGUCAGAAUAGAGAUCGCGGAUUGUCCCCCGUGAGGUGCUCCGACGACGAGGAAGACCAACAUUGCCGCGGGGGAUCCAGCGGGUACUCUUCGGAGUCUUCGCAGGGGUGGAAGCAGACACCAAGGCGGACUCCGGCGUCUUCAUCAAACCGGAGAGGAAGCGGAAGAUGCAACCGCAACCGGAACGCCUCCGGGAUGACGUUUUGCCUGAGUCCGUUGGUGAGAGCCAGCCCUAACCUGCAGUGGAACCAAAAGGGAAUGGCGCCGGAGAUGGUGUACUCCGGCGAAAUUAGAUUAUCCUCCAAAGCGAGUUUGCCCGGUGCGACGUCGUUGUGCAAGAGCAGAUCGAGGAAACUUGCGGAUUUCGGAAGGUUCAACUGCCACCAUUAAUUGGACAUUGAUGAAUACAGUUAGCGGCCAAACGUUGACAUUUGACCGCAUCGGCGAUUGCGACAUUCUGCAUAGAUGAGAAAACUGUAAUGGUUGUUGGUUUUUACCCUCGCCUACUUUAUAUGUGUAGUAGAAGUAUAGUAUUCCGUAGGUGGGUUCAUAAUUUUUUUUUUUUUUGCGAUUUUAAUAUUUUCAUACCACACAUAAACAAAGUGCUGUUGUUGGUUUACAUGUUAAUGGUCAUUACUCCGUAUUAGGUACACAAAGAAAAACAAAUACUCAGCGUCAUUCCCGUGUUUUUGGCUUUUAGCUGUACCCCUGAAAUACCAUUCUUCUAAUGCGCGUGCGUCCCAAUUAAG